AUAAUUAACAUAACUUAGAGAAAAUAAAACUGUCAAUUUAUACAAAAAAAAAUUGACAAUGUCUUCUUAUGCAUAUAAUUCCAAUGAUAAAACAAUGCCAAGGACGAAGCUGUUUGGAAGGAAAAUGCCCAUGCAUAAAGUUCUUGGUGGAGGAAAAGUUGCCGAUGAGUUGCUGUGGAAAAACAAAAAUGUAUCAGGUGGAAUUGUAAUUGGGAUGACACUGAUAUGGCUGCUUUUUGAAGUGGUUGGCUACAAUUUUGUGACUCUUCUGUCUCACAUUUCCAUCACCACAAUGCUUAUUAUCUUCAUAUGUUGCACCGGAGCUCAACUUUUCAAUUGUUUUUGUGUGCUUGCAAAUAUUACCAUUUAUGUACAAUAGAUAUGAGGCAGAAGUUGAGGAAUAUGCAGGCAGUUUGUUUCAGCAAGGGAAGAAAAUGUAUAGAAGGGUUGACUCUAAGGUUCUUAAUAAGAUACCACGAGGACCGAUCAAGGAAAAUAUCAGAUAGAUUUUUUUUUUAAUUUUCACUUUUAAAUGUAUCAAUUACAAAUAAAAAAUUAUACAAAUUAUUAUAUCCACAGCGUCACCUGUGUGAGUCAUGUAAACAUAGCCAAUAAUAUAUAGUGUCUUUAAUUAGAUACAUUUUCUC